AUGAAUGAUAACCCUGUAAAAGACAAAGCAAAGAGCCAAAUUCCGAAAACGCCGGUGAAUGCACUGAGUGCUCAAGGAGAUCCUGUACCGCCGAAGAGUAUCAACAGGAUCAGCAUCAUGACAGAGUUAAUCAAAUUAAAGCAGACUGCGAGACAGAAUGACGAGAAGCGAAGUGGCUGGGGUGAAACCAGGUUACAACGCUUGAUGAUCUCUAGUGGUCCUGCCUUCAAUAUUAUCACAUUUUGGUGA